CUCUUCGCCUCUCUCCUACCCUCGAUCAUCGAAGGUUUCCAAGCAAGCCAACAAGCAAACGCUACCUCGACGAAGGUCUUCGGGGUAGUGUUUCGCUCCCUCCAGUCUCUUUCGUUUUCCUCUCAUUCCCGCCCCCACCUUGAAACAUCUCUUGCUCCGUAAGAAUGGAUUGAGUGGUUCGGUUCCACCGAGAAUGCCCGCUGCGGUCUACCAGGGCUUGUCCUCCUCCUUCUCGCCCUCCCUCGGCCGGUUCAUCCCAAGCGUCCGCGGCGACCAGAUCCACGCCAUUGACGCCCGCCACCACAUGGCCGCUGGCGCCGCCGCCGAGCAGCCGGAUCUGCUCGCCUUCCAGCGCUGCGUCGCUGAACACUUCCUCGACCUCUCCGUCGUCGACGCCGAUGGUCUUCUGUCCCUUUCCUGGCUUCGCAAGCUCCUCCAUUCCUUCCUUGUGUGCCAUGAGGCAUUCCGGCCCCUCCUCCUAGACCGCUGGUCGCUCAUCGCUCGCCCACCCCUUGACCGUCUCGUCGCCGACUUCUCAGAUCGCACCGUCAAGGCCCUCGACAUCUGCAACGCAGCUCGGGAUGGCGUCGACCAGCUCCGCCGCUUGGGGACCCACCUCGAGAUCGUGGUUGCCGCGCUUGGCCCCGCCGCUGCUUCCUCCGCCCGCCACGGACACCGCGAGGGCCAGCUCCGCCGCGCCCGCAAGGCCCUCGCCGAACUCGCUGUCAUGCUCGACGACAGGGACUCCGGCUCGAUCCCCUCCCACCGCAACCGCUCCUUCGGCCGCAGCGGCAGCGGCAGCGCUGGCUCCUCUUCGUCCUCCUCGCCAAGCGGCAGCCGCCGUCUCUCCCACUUCCGCUCCCUCUCCUCUAGCCUGUCCCGCUCAUGGUCCUUAGUGCGGCAGUUGCAGGCCAUCGGGAGCAACAUGGCCGCACCUCGCGGCCACGAGGUCGAGGCCACCGCCGGACUCGCGGUGCCCAUCUACACGAUGAGCGCGGUGCUACUGUUUGCGAUGCGGUCCCUGGUGGCUGCGAUCCCAUGCCAUGAUCGCAGCAACCAGGCCCACUUUUCCAUUCCGCGGACCUUCCCGUGGGCAGCGCCUAUCAUCUCUAUUCAUGAGCGGAUCGUGGAGGAGUCCAAGAAGAAGGAACGGAGGAACUCAACCGGACUGCUGAAGGAAAUCCAACAGAUCGAGAGGUGCACGCACCAAUUGACGGAGCUGACACAGGCCAAUCAGUUCCCGAUGUCAGAGGAGAAGCAGGAGGAGCUGAGGCAGAGGGUGGAAGAGUUAGCACAGGUCUGUGUGGUCUUGAAGGAAGGACUUGGCCCGUUGGAACGCCAGGUGAGGGAGGUCUUCCUUAGGAUCAUGUGCAGCCGCAUUGACGGUUUCGAUCGCUUGUCUCAGACUAUGCAAUGAAAGCUCCCAUUUUUUGUCCUGUGGCAGAAACAACUAUCUGAUGCUAAUGAUAUGGGGUCAUUGUCAUUACAAUUUGGAAUGAGAAUAGAGAAAAAAAUGAAGUGAAGUAGAUAAAGUGAAGGAAUUGAUAUAGAGCAAAUGAGUCUUCAUUCACACAAAUAAUCAGGUAGUACUUUUGUAUUUACCAUGAUAAAUUGUGUGUAAAGCAUAUGACCAACUAUUUCUGUUGCUGAUUCGCAUA